UCACAGAGUCCAGACUCAGGAAGAAAAGUCGAUGGGGCUCUCCCUCUCUCUCUUUGAGUUCUCCAGCGUUACAGUGGAGUGUUGAAUGAGUCACGUUGAACUUCUGUUUGACUCGUUUUCUGUGUGCCUCGUGCUCAGAUUCACCCACUUGGAAUGGGAAAUGCACGCACAGAGAUAUUUUUAAUAACUGGAGGAUGUGGCUAUUUUGGUAAUCGCCUUGCGCUCUCUCUGUAUAAUAAAGGAGCCACAGUCAUUCUGUUUGACAUCAUCCCUCCAAGCCAAGAAGUCCCAGAGGACAUUGUGUUUGUGCAGGGUGAUAUACGUGAAUAUGCAGACGUGGAGAAAGCCAUCACAGGUGUGGAUUGUGUAUUCCACAUCGCCUCCUACGGCAUGUCCGGUAGGGAGCAGCUGAACUGCCAGCUGAUCGAGGCAGUGAACGUUCAAGGCACACAGAACAUCCUGAAGGCCUGUGCUGAUCACGGAGUGUCCAGGCUGAUUUACACCAGCACCUUCAAUGUGGUGUUCGGAGGUCAGGUAAUAGAGAACGGAGAUGAAAAACUCCCUUAUCUACCUCUCCAUCUUCACCCUGACCACUACUCCAGAACCAAGUCCCUGGCUGAGAUGGCAGUUCUGAAAGCUAAUGGCACGGUGCUGAAGGGCUGCUCGGGCCAGCUGAGGACCUGCGCCCUGCGUCCAGCGGGCAUCUAUGGGCCAGGAGAGCAGAGGCACCUACCCAGGAUAGUUGACUAUAUAGAGAAGGGGAUCUUCAGGUUUGUUUAUGGUAAACCCAGCAGCCUGGUGGAGUUCGUCCAUGUGGACAACCUGGUGUCGGCACAUGAGCUAGCUGCUGAGGCUCUGACCCCAGAGAAACAGCACCGCGCUGCUGGCCAGGCCUACUUCAUCUCAGAUGGCAGGCCUGUCAACAAUUUUGAAUUCUUCAGACCUCUGGUAGAAGGCCUGGGCUAUCCUUUCCCCACACUGCGCCUUCCUAUCUCCCUCAUUUACUUUUUUGCCUUCCUCACAGAAAUGAUUCACCACCUCAUCGGCCCCUUCUAUAACUUCCAGCCACUGCUGACGCGUACAGAGGUGUAUAAAACUGGCGUGACACAUUACUUCAGCAUGGCAAAAGCAGAGACGGAGCUCAGUUAUGAGCCCCGGGAGUACAACCUGGAUGAGGUUGUACAGUGGUUCAGAAGCAGAGGCCAUGGGAGGAAAUGUCAGAGCUCCUUCCUCAGCCGACUACUGCUCGACAUCCUGUUUGUUUCGGCCUUUGUGGCUGUGGCUCUCUCUUUUCUGCCAGUUGUCGGCAGUUAAUGUAAAGCAGUCUUGUCAUUCUGACUUUCCCCAAAACAUCAUCCAUACUGUAUGAAGACUUGACUCAUCCAAUAGGGGGUUUACAUAUUUUAAUAUGUUCUCAUUCAUGUGCACAUUUUCUUUUAAAGGCUUCUGGCAUUUAAAAAACAGCCAUCUACAGACCAAAUGUCUGAAAACAUAGUUUUAAGAAGUUACAUGUUUGAUUCAUAAUUUAGUUUAAUUUUUAAAUGCUACCUCUCUUUUAAAAAAAAUAUAUAUAAGGGAACAGAUCUAUGAUUACUGGAUA